UUGAAAAUAACUAAGGAUUGACUUCUUGCGAAUGCGAGCCUCAUCUACUAUCUCAUUUACCACCACUAUGCUAUAUAUCCAAUAUAUUCCUUCCCCAAGAAAGGCAAACCUUAUUUUGCUCUUAUUAUCAUUGAACACUUAUUGUAUAAUAGUUAGAAGAUUUAGAGAAUCUACCAACAAAAAGAACCAAGAUUUGGAGGGAAAGACACUAAAUUAAGAUUUACAAAUGUUCUCACGUAGCAAGCAUGUAGGAUGAAGUGGGUGAACGUUGAUAGUUGAUGAAUGUCACUCUCUCGCCAUGCAUACGCACUCAAGUCUCAACUCAGCUCUGUGGCACGCCAGAGCCCAUUCCUCACUAAAAAACUUCACGCACAAAUCAUCAAAUCUGGUCUCAGCCAACACGAACCCUUCCCCAACACACUCCUUGACGCCUACGGCAAAUGCGGUCUCCUCCAAGAUGCACUCCAACUGUUCGACACAUUGCCCCACCGAGACCUCGUGUCCUGGGCCUCUGUCCUCAGCGCCUGUAACCUCGCCAACCUCCCCCACCGUGCUCUCUCCAUCUCACGCUCCCUUCUCCAUCAGGGUUUCCAACCCGACCACUUCGUCUUCUCGACUCUCAUCAAGGCUUGUGCUAACAUGGGUCCUCUUCAUGUGAACCAAGGGAAACAAGUCCAUGCUCACUUCUUGCUUUCGCCCUACGCCAAUGAUGAUGUGGUUAAGUCAACACUGGUUGAUAUGUAUGCUAAAUUUGGGUUGCCGGAUUACGGGCGCGCUGUUUUUGACUCGAUUUCUUCGUUGAAUUCUAUUUCUUGGACUGCCAUGAUAUCUGGGUACGCGCGGAGUGGACGGAGGUCUGAGGCUCUACGACUGUUUCGUGAAUCGCCAUACAAGAAUUUGUUUGCUUGGACUGCUCUGAUAUCCGGGUUGGUGCAGAGCGGGAAUGGCGUUGAUGCGUUCUACACGUUUGUUAAAAUGCGUCAAGAAGGGAUUACUAUAGCGGACCCGUUGGUUCUGUCGAGUGUUGUUGGUGCUUGUGCUAAUUUAGCUGUUUGGGAGCUUGGGAAACAGGUGCAUGGUCUGGUCAUAGGACUUGGUUAUGAGUCUUGUGUGUUUAUAAGCAAUGCCUUAGUAGACAUGUACGCCAAAUGCAGUGACCUUGUUGCUGCAAAAUAUAUCUUCUGUGAGAUGAGCAGAAAGGAUGUAGUUUCUUGGACUUCAAUAAUUGUUGGCACUGCCCAGCAUGGACAGGCUGAGGAGGCAUUGGCUUUAUAUGAUGACAUGGUUUCCGCCCGGGUUAAGCCAAAUGAGGUCACCUUUGUUGGGUUGAUCUAUGCCUGCAGUAACGUUGGUUUGGUUAGCAAGGGCCGUGCUUUGUUUAGGUCUAUGGUUGAAGAUUAUGGGAUUAAGCCCUCUCUUCAGCACUAUACUUGCUUGCUGGAUCUUUUUAGUCGAUCAGGGCACCUUGACGAGGCAGAGAAUCUCAUUAGAACAAUGCCGGUUAGCCCCGACGAACCUACUUGGGCUGCUUUACUUAGUGCUUGUAAGCACCACGGUAACACCCAGAUGGCAGUAAGGAUUGCUGAUAAACUAUUGUGUUUAAAACCAGAAGAUCCUUCCUCCUAUAUAUUGUUAUCUAAUGUGUAUGCCGGCGCUAGUAUGUGGGAGAAUGUUUCAAAGGUGAGGAAGCUAAUGAUGGUUAAGGAAGUGAAAAAGGAACCAGGUUAUAGCUGCAUUGACUUGGGAAAGGAAAGCCAUGUAUUUUAUGCUGGAGAGACAUCUCAUCCAAUGAAGGAUGAGAUUCUAGGUUUAAUGAGGAAGCUAGAUGCAGAGAUGAGGAAAAGGGGUUAUGUUCCUGAUACCAGCUAUGUUUUACAUGACAUGGAUCAACAAGAGAAGGAAAGACAACUUUUUUGGCAUAGUGAGAGGUUGGCUGUUGCCUAUGGGCUCCUUAAGGCUGUUCCAGGGACAAUUAUACGCAUAGUGAAAAAUCUUCGUGUUUGUGGAGAUUGUCAUACUGUUCUGAAGCUCAUCAGCACUAUAGAGAGUAGGGAAAUUUAUGUCCGAGAUGCUAAAAGAUAUCACCAUUUUAAGGAUGGGAAAUGUUCGUGUAACGACUUCUGGUGACUUGGGAAUUUUGAUUUACAAUUUCACAAUUUUGAUGCUGAAUCAAGGCCCUUGCUAUCAUGAAAAAUGCUAGCCUGUACUCUUGUCAGAUGUGUUUUGCCUAUGCCUUUCAGAUCAGUAGUGAUCCUUACCAAUUUUUAUUUUUCAGAAAUUUCUCUCUCCCUCAAAUAUCUGCUAUUGACGGGAAAAUCUGCGGCACUCAUGUAGUAUACACUACCUCCAUUAAAAUAUUGACACAUGUUCCAUGAAUGGUUAGUUUGCCCUUUUUUCAAUUUUUUUAAAUUUCAAAAAGAAGGAAAUUGAAUGUUUGUGUGAGAGAUAUACUGGGUUCAGUACUCCUUUGCUCAUUAUUGAUCUUUCCUUCAAGAUCAGUUGGCUGGCAGUCAUUGUCUCAUAGGUAGAAAUUGGGUAAUUUCAUAUUCUUGGAUCCUUGGCUUAUUUUAUGGGAUUCAUGGAUAGUACUAUUCAAAAAAAAAUUGGAAAACUUAGAACUGUGAGAGAUCAUCAAAUUUCAGGAAUAAGUCUUACACGAGCCUGCUUGGAU